AGUGCCGUUUUGGCCCAAACUUGUUCAGUGUACCUCUAGGCUUUACAGGCGCAAUGAGCGUGAUGCAGCACUAUUACAUCAAGCACCCUGAUGGCAGUUUGACUGCUCAUUAUGGUGCACCCCCACAGGGCUAUCAGAAGGUGUCGACACCAAGUCCCAUUCCGGCUCCGCUGGUCAGCACUCCUGGGUCCCGGCCUCCGAUGAGUGUGUCGACCGUGCCAAGCGCCCAGGCCAUGCCUGGAGCACCAAGCACGGGGCAGUUUUUGUAUGGUGCACCGCUGCGGCCCUCGGUCGCCACACCAAACAUGUCCGGGCGAACGCCUGGACUGUCAGUGCCAUCGGCCAUGCCAUACAAACCUAUGACUGCCAUGCCCAUGACUGCAAUGCCGGUUAAAGCCUCGGUGCCUGCCAAGAAGGAAGCCAGCAACCCCAAGAUGGCCGCCUUGUGGCCCAAGUACGAAGAGAAAAUGCGCAAGGAAGGACUCAACGAGGCAGCGAUGGCUGCCUUCAAAUACAACUUCUCUGUGCUUACCUCGGGUGAAAGCACGAUGAUUCCAGAGAGUGCCAUCAACCCAGUGGAUUCGCUUCCUUCCUACGAGUCCUUGAAUGUUCAGACAGACCCAGCUCUUUUGAACCGCACAGUGGUGUUGAAGCUGAAUGGCGGCCUGGGCACUGGCAUGGGCCUGGAGAAAGCCAAGUCGCUUCUGCCCGUCACGGGGGGCCUCUCCUUCUUGGACUUGAUCGCUCAACAGGUGAAGGAUAUGAAGACACGCUUCGGCACCGAUGUCAAGUUCAUGCUGAUGAACUCCUUCUCCACCUCGGAUGACACUCUCGCCGCAUUGUCGAAAUAUCCUGAACUGGGCACAGGCUCAGACCUGGAGUUCGUGCAGAACAAGGCGCCCAAGGUCACCGAAGCAGAUCUGACCCCGGCGAGCUGGCCGUCCUCCCCAGACCUCGAGUGGUGCCCCCCGGGUCACGGGGAUCUGUACCCCGCCAUGCUGGGCAGCGGGACGCUGGACAAGCUCUUGGCCAAGGGGAUCAAGUACAUGUUUGUUUCCAACUCCGACAAUCUCGGCGCCACCCUGGAUCUGCAGCUGCUCACGUAUUUUGCCAAGUCGGGGUCUCCCUUCAUGAUGGAGGUAGCCUCCCGAACAGAUGCUGACAAGAAGGGAGGGCACCUGGCAGAGGAUGCCAAGCACCCUUGGAUGACUGCUGGCCUGCUGCUGCGAGAAACCGCUCAGUGCCCGGAUGAAGACGAGAAGGAGUUCCAGAACGUGGGCAAGUACAAGUUCUUCAACACCAACAACCUUUGGGUUGACCUGGAGGCGCUUGCCAAGCAGUUCAAGGACAAGGGCGGCGCUCUGGAGCUUCCCGUGAUGAAGAACUCGAAGACGGUGGAUCCGCGCGACAAGAAAUCCACCAAGGUCGUUCAGCUGGAGACGGCCAUGGGUGCCGCCAUCUCCUGCUUCCCGGGGGCCACUGCGGUGGUGGUACCGCGCUCCCGCUUCGCCCCGGUGAAAACCACGAAUGACCUCUUUGCGUUGCGCUCGGACGCCUACCUCCAGACUCCGGACUAUCGUAUCGAGCUUGACCCCAAGCGAGAGGGCGUGCCGCCAAACGUGAAGCUAGACGGUAUGUACAAGCGGCGAGCUUGGAGUUUGGCUGUGAAGCAGUCUGUUUGUUGAUGCAAUGGAUGCCAUGAUCCCCAAUGGCGCACCAUCCUUGAUCAAUUGCAAGAAAUUGGUGGUGGAAGGGCCGGUGACGUUUCCUUCCGAUGUGGCCAUUGAGGGAGAGGUCACGAUCAAGAACGCGAGCAGCGAUGUAAAAUCGGUGCCAGCGGGUGUCCACAAGGAUACUACCCUGGAUUUGUGAGAGCUACAGCUCAGUGCACAGGGUCAAUGCUUUGAAAAGCACUGUCCUUUCCCACACAGACUCGGGAAUGUACCUUUUGCCUAAUUCAAUUUUUGCCCAUCGGUUAAUGGGGACCCUGUUUUGCCCACCCGCGUUUCACUUUUGGUUCAUGAGCCCGAACAGGCAAGGGUCGAACAAGGCAGGGUCCCCUUUUCGCUUCAACUUUUUGCUCGGUUUUCCACGGCGCGGCUGGGAUGUUGAGCCUCAAAGGCUUCAGCAAGCUGGGCGUAUCAGCUCUGCCCAGUAGCCUGAAGGUCGUGAAGCUAAUGCAGCCUAAAGACUCGCAACAGGAGCCCGCC